AUGAAUUGUGAUGCAACGCGCGGUGCAGUCCUUGAGCAUACCGUGGAAGAAAUCGCCGAGGCCAAGCAGUACCUUAUUGAUCUUGAUCAACGUCAGCAUCAAUACAGAGAGGCGAAACGUGUUCUCAGAAAUUAUAACGCGUCAGACGAUGUGUGGCUAUUGUGUAGUGGUCGAGUAUUUGUGAAGUCUAAUUUAGGGCAUAAGCGCACAGUUACCUACCUCUCUUGGAAAAUAUCUACUGGGGAAAAAGAAAUUAAGAAUGGGCGUGAGGAGUUGAAGGCAAAAGUAGCUUUUCUGGCGGAACUUGAAGGUCCAGAUCAAGCACUUUCCAAGCUGUUGAAAGGAUUUGAGUUGAGAUCGGCGAUAUAA